UGAAAAUAAUAAAUUAUUUUAUCUAUAUAAUUAUCAGUCUUGGGGUUUUUAUUAUAACUGUGGUGUCACUGUAUUACCUAUUAAUCCCCUCCAUUGUCCAUUGUGAAUUGUAAACAAUGUAAAUAAAUUUGAAUCAUAAUUCUUAACUUGGGUAAUAUAAGUUAUAACCAAUAUCAUGAAUUAUAAUUAUUAUUGUUUAUUUUAUUAUAGUAUUAUACGAAUGUCUUGAUUUCUAUCUUCUAGUGUCGUGUGUGUUUGCUGAUGUCUAAAUUUUUAUUAUAAAAUUACUCGGUAAUCAGCAGUAAUAACCAUGUUAGAAAUUUAAUCUAGAAUAAUAUAAGACUAUAUUAAAGUAUUAGAACAUAAGUAAAAUUAUUUUUUCAUACUUUAUGUUGAAUUUGGUCAUAUUUAAUUGUUGUUUUUGUGAAUUUUUCUAAUAUAAGAAUCUGUAUUAUCUAAAUCAUUCUGUUUAUAUAAUUUUGAUAUUUGGUUGCUAUAGUUACUUUGAUACUAAUCUAAAAGACAUUAAAACAUUUAAUUGUUUCUGAAAUUGUUUAAAAUGAGUUCGUAUCUUGAAUAUAAGGUAAAAACUAAUCAAAAUUAUAUCAUUACUGACAUAAGUUAUCACCGCCAACUUGGUCUAUUGGCAAUAAUAUCGUAUACUGAAAAUGAUGAAGCACAAAUUCAUAUUUGUGAUGAAUUAGGCGAAGAUUUGCACAACUCUGGACCAAAUCUUUGUAAAGGCCAUAUAACUUCGUUUUGCUGGCAUCCCACUCAGCGUACCUUAGCUAUAGGCUCAAAAUCUGGAGAAGUAUAUAUAUGGAAUGGUGGAUUAGUAACUGCUUUAGACUCUAUUCACAAAGGAACUAUAUUAUUUUCAAAAUGGUCAUCACUUGGUGGAUGUUUAGUAACUGGGGACCAGACUGGUAUUAUAAUCGGAUGGAAGUCUGAUAGUCGAGGGUUACUUAAAAUAUCAUUUAAGUCAAAUGUUGAAGCCAUUUUAUCUAAAGAAAUUUCAUUUAGAGCUGGAAAAGCUGCUACUGAUAUUUCUAAUUUAGCUAAAAUGGCAGUAGCUGGUGACCAAAGUGCAUUAGAUAUAUUUAGUUCGUGGCGGCCUCGUACAACUACGUCACAUGGUCCACGCGCUGUAACUUCAGACAAUAUAACAUUUUACUGUGCUGCAGUGACUGGAGAACUUUUUUAUUUUGAUGAAGAUGGAGAAUUCAGCAUUGUACUUAUAUCAAAAUCGAUCAUUUUAAGAAUUUUAUGUCAUGAAUCAAAAGACAUUUGUAUUUUAGUAUGCAAAGACUUAACUAUAGCCUAUUAUAAAUGUCAUAAAAAUGGUUCUCUAAGUGAAAUUUCAAAGGUUAAAUUAAAUGGAUUGAAAGAAGAUAUGUGCAUUAUUUGGACUGGUCCGUCUUUAUUAGCAUGUACAACAAACGACGUGUCUAUUCGUUUUUGGGAUAUUGAUUCUGGAAACAGUUAUGUUUUAACUUUGCCAGUUUCUUAUGCAUCCUCAUUUCCUAAACAAACAUUCAUAAAUAUUUCUUACUCAGUCGAAAAGGGAUUAUUGUGUGGUGCGACAAAUCUUGGAAAUAUUUUUAUUUGGCGUUAUGAAGAAGAAACUGUUGACCAAUGGACUAUUCAUGGUUCAUGUAAAAUUCAAGAUACCAUAAAAUACUGUGUUUGGGGUCCUUUAAAUUUAGCAGUACAUGCAAAGGAUGGUAUUUAUAUUUUACGUGAGCAUGCAUUGUUGGCAAGUUAUAAAGAAGAUGUGGCUAUUGUACAAAUUUCAUCAAAUGAACUUAAUAUGUUUCACUGUAGUACAGAUGAAUCAUUUAGUUUUAAUUCUAAUAUACAAGUUAUAGGUCUAACUUUGAACAAAGAACAUAUAUGUUUAUGGAAUGGUAAAUCAUUAUCAGUUUAUAAUAUUAAAUCUAAAGAAAUACCUACUGUAGUUGGAACGUUCAAUUGUGAUGUGCAAGAAGCAUGUAUUUAUGAUAGAAUUGUAAUUGUGGCUGAAAACUGUGGAAAAUUACAAAUAAGAACAUUUCAGGGUACUAUUAAACAGACAUUGGAUGUUGAAGCACCAAUAGUCUGCCUCACUUUAAAUACCUGUUAUUUAGCAGCUAUCACAUUAUCCGGAGUUAUUCAUAUCUGGGAUUUAAACAGAAGAGAAGCAAAAUCAAUUUGUAAACCUAAAGAUAUAACAUUAAAUAUAGAUGAUUAUGGUGAAACUAUUCAGUUACGUUUGAACAGUAAUGGUACAAAAGUAUCAUUUACUGCAGCAAACUUAAAUUUAGUACCAAUGCCACGGUUAUAUGUUUGGGAUCGAGAUUUAGAUACAAUAUAUGUAAAACAUUUUGAAAAUGGUUUAGAUAUUGAUGAAAUACAAUAUAAUGAUACAAGAUUUAUUGUUUCUCACUAUUGGGAUACAAACGAGCCAAAUUUAUUAUUUUGUGAAGCUAAGAGUAUUGACAAACCAGAAAAUAAACCAUCAAAACUAAGUUUAUACACGGUAGCAAAUAGACAGAAAAAAAAUAAAAUGAUUGGUUCCUCUGUCAUACUUAGUAUGUUCUUUAUUGAACAAAAAGGAAUUAAAAUUCAAGAUAUUAUACAUUGCCCUGAUAAAUUUUGUACAUUUCUAGGACUUGAUGCUCCRUAUUAUAUAACAUUAUGCAAACGCAAUACAAAUACAAAAACACGUGUUGAGCGUAUUCUCAUGAAAGAAUUUGAAGGAAUUGAUGACUGUAAUUCUGAUAUUCGAACAGCUAUUGUCAACUUUGGUUAUAAUUUAUGCCUCGGAGACUUAGACCUUGCUUUUAAUUUUAUCACUAAUAUUAAGAGUCCUGCAGUCUGGACAAGUUUGGCUAAAAUGUGUGUAAAAACAAAACGGUUGGAUGUAGCUGAAAUAUGUCUAGGUCACAUGAAUGAUUGUAGAGGAUUAGCUAUUUUACGUUCAAUCAAUACAGAACCAGAAUUGGAUGCAAAAGUGGCAUGUCUUGCUGUACAUCUAGGAAUGUAUGACGAAGCUGAGGAAUUGUACAAAUAUUGUAAUCGUUAUGAUCUUCUAAAUAGAUUCUAUAGAGCAAGAAAUCAGAUAACAGCCUCUUUGGAUGUGGCUGAGACAAAAGAUCGCAUUCAUCUUAGAAAUACAUAUUAUAAUAUAGGUCACAUCUUGGAAAAUAAAGGUGAUGUAGCUGGAGCAGCUGCUAUGUAUUGCAAGUCAGAAACACAUGGACUAACUAUACCAAAGAUGUUAUUAGAUGAUCCAGUAACUUUAGAAAAUUACAUAAUUAAAAACAAAAAUGUAGUCUUGUUGAAAUGGUUGGCUCAGUAUUUAGAAGGUAGUGGUGAUAUGGAUGGCGCAAUAAAAUAUUAUCAACAAGMAAAUGAUGAUUUGUCUACUGUUCGCAUAUUAUGUUAUCUUGGCCAAAUGGAGCAAGCAGCUCAGAUUUGUUUGAACACCAGCAAUAAAGCUGCUUGUUGUCAUCUCGCAAGAUCAUAUGAAAUGCAAGGACUGUAUGAAGAAGCUGUAAAAAUGUAUGUUGAUGCCACAGCUUAUGUAAAUGCUAUUCGUUUAUGUAAGGAGCAGUUUUUUGACAAUCAUCUUUGGAAUAUUGCCUUAUUAGCAGAUGUCAGAGAAAAGUUGAGUGUAGCUCAGUAUUUUGAAGAAAUUUCACCUGAUAAAUCAGUCAUAUUAUAUCAUCAAGCUGGUUAUUUACAUAAAGCUAUUGAUUUAGCAUUUAAAUGUAAAAACUAUGAUGCAAUUGUUACAAUGUCUCAAGAACUGAACAUAGAAGAUGAUUCAAGUGUAUUAUUAAAAUGUUCAAAUUUUUUUAUGAGUCAAGGACAUUAUGACAAUGCAGUUAAUUUAUUAGCAAUGGCUAACAAAUUUGAAGAAGCUGUGGAACAAUGUUAUGAGCACAGAGUAAUUAUUACUGAAUCACUUGGAGAUCGUCUUACACCACCAUCUGAUCAUAUAAAGCGUAUAGUUAUAUUAGAGAAACUGGCUGAAUGUGCUUUAAUGCAAGCCAGUUAUCACAUAGCAGCAAAGAAAUUCACCCAGGCUGGACAAAAGAUAAAAGCCAUGAAAGCGUUAUUAAAAUCAGGAGACACGGAAAAAAUUAUAUUUUAUGCUAAUGUAUCUAAACAGCAUGAAAUCUACAUUAUGGCUGCAAAUUAUUUGCAAACACUUGAUUGGCAAGAGCGUCCAGAAUUUUUAAAAACUAUUGUGUCAUUCUAUAAUAAAGGAAAAGCGCCUCAUCUUUUGGCUAAUUUCUACAUUUCUUGUGCUCAACUUGAAGUAGACGAGUAUCGCAAUUACAGUAAAGCUGUUGGUGCUUUAUCAGAGGCAUUAAAAGUAUUGUCUAAAGAUAGUGAUCAGUAUAAAAUACUGAUUGAAGAUAUUGCAAAAAAAAUUACUUUAGUUAAAAAAUUUCUUGAUGUUAAAAGACAAAUUGACAGUGGUGAUGGUGAUUCAGCUAUGACAUUAUGUCGACAAAUUUUGUCAGCCCCCAAUAUGGAUAUACUUAGAUAUGGUGAUGUAUAUUCAAUGAUGGUAGAAUAUUAUACAACUCAAGGUGAAAAUAAAAUAGCAGUUCAAUUAGUGAAUGAACUUUUGGCUCGUACACAACAAAAUGAUAAUUUACUCUUUUAUAUUGAUAAAGAUAUUCUUCGAAAAUUAGGUUUUCAAAAAGAAUCUAUCAAAGAAAAUAGCAUUGAAGAAGAAGAAGAAAUUCCUGAAGCACAAUAAAAACUGCAUGUUUUAAUUAAUCAUUACCAGGGCUUGAAAGUUCUUGCAAACUUAUAAGUUAUUUUAUUUUGCUAGUUUUUUAGUUUUUUUUUAUGAUUAGAGUUUUAAUUGCUAUUUACAGUCAUAUUCUUAUAUAAUAAUGGAAAUGAACAAAGUUGUAUUAAAAUUUAAGAUUUUGAAUCAAUUGGUAUUAUAUGAUUAUGCAUAUAGUAGGAAUUGUUCCAGAGCCGAACCAAAUACUGAUCUCUUAAAUAUCUACUACUAUAUUUUAUGCCUACUUAUAUUAUGAAAAACAUAAACAUAUUAAUUGAAAUGUAUUUUGAUAUAUUUAGUGCUAUUUAUAGCACUCAUUGUGGUGUUUUUAAGUGCAUAUUAAAGCGCCAAAAAUGUACUUUAUUAGUGCUAUAACUCCUAAGACCUGGUCAUUAUUUAUUAAUUUUUUAAUUUAUGAUUAGAGUUAGACAUUGUACAUUUUGUAUGGUUAUAUUUAUAAUUAUUUUUUAUAAAAACUUUGAUUGAUCUCAUUAUAGCCAGAUUUUAAUUGUAUCGUAUAGUGGAAUAGCAAUAUUGCAUGCAGUUCAUCAUUUUGUUGUAAUAUUUAUUUUAAAUCAUGGGUACUUAAUAUUAUAGCUAUUGUAAAUUGUAAACAAUAAAAAUAAAAAUAUAUAUUGCACAUCAAACAUAUUUAUUUUAUUGAUAAUUCUCACUAAAUCCAAUUGUGCUUUUUUCUUUUAACUCUAUUGAAUUUUAUUUUCCUAACAGUUGUGAAACAGUUAUGCAAUUUAUGCUCACAGUAUUUCAGUCACACAGUUAUUAGAUAUUUAAUUAGAGUUCAAAGUAAUAUAAUUUUGACAUAAUUUUUAUUUGCCUGAAAGUUUCUUAUC